UCCGAGCCCCUUUAAGGGGCAACCGGCGUCUCAGCAAGGAGGGAGGUUAAAGAGGGGGAUGAAACUGCCCCCCCCGCCCUAUAGGCAGAGCCCUUUGCAAUCCGGAGGCUAACAAGAGGGGGGGGGGACGUGAGACGCCCAGCCCACACUCUUGCCCCUCUACGGGGGGGAGGAUGUGCGCCUGCGCGCGGCUUUCCGCAAAGCGACCAGUAGCCCCCCCCGCGUGGGCGGGGCUAAGUGGAGGCGUGGUUCGAACUCGCGACGUCACAGAGGGUCUCCCUGUGACGCAAUGCGCCUUCGGGGGAAGCCCUCCAGCUGGGCUGGGAGCCAGAUCCUACUCCCGCGGGCGGGACCGGCGCGGAAGGCGACCGGAGGUUCGGCGCCUGUUCUGACGACCCCCGGGGGAAGACGCGUGUCGCUGCCAAAGCCCAUCAACAGAGCUGAGCAAUGCCCGGCCGCCGCGCCUUGUUGUGGCUCCCUGUGCAGCCGCUGCUGCCCUUGUCCUUGGGGGUCUUGCUGGGCUUGGGCCCCGCCGUCUCCCCGCUGGACAACGGGCUGCUGAGGACGCCCCCGAUGGGCUGGGAGCCCUGGCUGCGCUUCAAGUGCAACACGGACUGCGAGAAGGACCCCGAGAACUGCAUCAGUGAGCACCUGGUCAAGGUGAUGGCAGACCGACUGGCUGCGGACGGCUGGAAGGAGCUGGGCUACGAGUACGUCACCCUGGACGACUGCUGGGCAGCUGGCAAACGGGACACCCGCGGGAGGCUCCAGGCAGACCCCCAGAGGUUCCCCAGCGGGAUGAAGGCCCUGGCCGACUAUGUUCAUUCCAAAGGCUUGAAAUUCGGCAUCUACAGCGACUUGGGCAACGCCACCUGUGCGGGUUAUCCGGGCACAACCCUGGACACCGUGGAGACAGAUGCAAACACUUUUGCAGAGUGGGGGGUCGACAUGCUGAAGCUGGACGGCUGCUACUCCGACUCCUCCCUCAAGGCCAUAGGCUACCCCAAAAUGAGCCGAGCGCUGAACCAAACCGGGCGGCCCAUCGCCUUGUCUUGCAGUUGGCCAGCGUACGAAGGGGGUCUUCCUCCGAAGGUGAAUUACACCUUACUGGGCCAGAUUUGUAACUUCUGGAGGAAUUAUGCCGAUAUUGAAGAUACCUGGGAGAGCCUCUUCCACAUCAUUGAGUGGUAUGGAGACCACCAGGAUACCCUGCAGCCGGCCUCGGGGCCCGGAAGGUGGAAUGACCCCGACAUGCUGAUUGUUAGCGACUUUGGCCUGAGCCACGAGCAGUCGAAAGUGCAGGCAGCGCUGUGGGCGAUCCUGGCAGCCCCCUUCUUCAUCUCCUGCAACCUGAGGAACAUCUCGAAGGAGGCCAAGGAGAUGCUGCAGAACCCGCUCCUGAUCUACAUUAACCAGGACCUGCGGGGAGUUCAAGGCAGACGCAUUGCCAGGAAGCAGAACCUGGAAGUCUGGAAGAGGCCCCUUGUCAACGGCCAGUAUGCGGUCGCAGUCCUGAACAACAGAACCGAUGGUGCCCCACAGUCAUUUGCCACAACUCCCAGCCUCCUGGGAAUCCCGGACUGCAGAGCCGGCUAUAGGCUCUACGAUGUGCUGGGGAGGCUGUCCAUGGGCGUUUACGCCUUCAAUGACACCAUCAGUGCCAAGGUGACGCCCACCGGGGUGCUGCUCCUCUUCCUGAACCCGCUGUGCUAGUCCUGCCAUUGCGGAGGGCGAGGGAGUCCAGGGGCGUUUCUGGGAAGGACCGGCUGCUUCCUCCUUGCAGUGAAGCUUAAGGUAAUGACCACCACCCUUCACGAACUGUCCUGCUGGUGCUGCUUCUCCUAAGGGGGUCUCGAUCUCUGAAGAGCCGUUUUAUUUACCCAGUUCACCAGGGCAAAGGAAGGAGGUCUCGCUGCCACUGUAGGCACCAAAGCAGGCCCAUAGCAGCUCCGCAUCCUGGGAAUUAGCGACCGUCAGAAGGCAGGAACAUGCCGGGAUGCUGCCUGCAUCCCCUUGUUUUCUGAACAGGGGUGAAUCCAGAAGCUUCUCAUCAUCCCUGCAAUUAAAUGGUCCUUAUUUCAGUCACUCCAGUAAUCCAGUAUUUGCUGCCUUCCAAAAACCACAGAGGGGGGAUGGGGCAGCUCACCUGCCCUCCAAGGUGUCUCACCUGCUGGGCCAAAUGAGAGGAAGCCAAGGAACCAGGGACAUUUCCUUGCUGGGGGUGUGGGGGGGGGGGCUGCCAUGUUUGCAGGUUGCAGAUGCUCCUCUGGUUCAGAAAGGAGGGGAGACGUCUCCGAUUGUCCGGUUUCCCUUCACCCAGCCCCAAAUCUCCUUUUCCCCCACAGAAACCUUCUCUGAAAGGCCACAUUCAGCUUGGAGACUCGGAGGGAGGCAGCCAGCAGAGCCAGCAAAGGGUCCGAAAAGCAGCCGUGUUCUGCAAGGCGAGUGCAGCCCGAGCGGAGGCCCGAGAGGGUGUCCUGGAAACCCAGGCAGCGGCCAGUUUGGGCACCGGACUAACCCCUCUCGAAGGGACCCUGGAUGUGUUGACUACGCUGGAGAUGCUUCCCGUGGCUGAGGGUCUGCCGGGGGCUCCCCCGGUCUCUCUCUCUCUCAGAGGGCUUGCAGACCCCAGGAAGAUGGAAGCCGAAAGGGAGGAGCCUUGACUCAGUUGAUCGGGGUUGCCUUGAGAUCAUCUCUAGAUUGUAGUCAUCGAUUCUGAAUCCUGACAGUGUUGCGUGUGUAUUAUUUUUCAGUAUUUUGACUUUUAGAAUGUGCCUCUUAUUUAAGCGGAAGAAGGCCAGCCGCAAUAAAUGAUCCUGGGGAUCUCCCUGCUCUAAUGUCCACCACUGUGGCUACCACUUCAGUGUGCAGAAGCUGCCAAUUUGGGGUCUCAAUGCGCCAUCUUGCAGUUGCCCAUCGAAACGUGGAGGGCAGCCUGGAGGGUCCCUGAAAGACCCACUGUGACAUGACUGAUGCCAGCACCGUCUGGGGAGCCUUGAAGUGCUCUGAUUGGGCCUUGUGGGAAUUGGGGAAAUCCUAGAAUCUUUUGCAGCAAACUGGGUUUCCGGAGGGAAGGAAGUCAACGUGAGAAACAGUCUUUCACAUGCAGUAUCGGAAGGGUUGGGGCAGGAAGUAAUCGGAGUAGGAUUAGCCUUUUACUUAAUAUCUUCUGACUAAAUGGGGAAAGUUCCAAUCGGGUAGGAAAUUAUAGGUUGCCUUCUUGGUAAACUAAUUGAGUUACUAAUUCAGUGAUUAUAUUUAUAUGAGACACGCAAAAUCAAUUUGGAAAUGAUGACUAAUAUAUUAAUGAUAACCAAAUAUAUAAUUGCAAAAUGUAUCCGGCCUAAAUGAUUUGUUAAUUGCAUUUAUGCAUGUGACUGUUACAAUGAAACUCGCCCCCGUUUUUAUAAUCGUUAAACUGGAAAGUCUGUGUUAAGUGCACGGCUUCCUCUUCAUCAGUGGUACCUGUACCCCCUCUCCCCCCUCCCCCGCCUGGCCUUCCAGGGGACCACCAAGAUGGGCUUUUCACCAGGCGCUGGGGGACAUCUCUGGGAGAGGGAGGAGGUGCCAAGUUGGGUGGUGUUUUACGAAUGUUUGCGGUUUUAUGCUGUUGUGAGCUGUGCAGAGUUCUGUUUUUGAGAUGGCCAGCCAUGUGACUCUUUAAAAUAAAUAAA